AUUCCAGCAUUUAUCUUCUCAGUCUGCCGCUGCUGCUGUUCUUCCCUUCCUCCUGCCGGCCGUCGUGUGUUUUCCUACCCUACGCCGUCCCUUCACUGAAAAAUACAAAUUCUUAACUGGGGGAAAAUAAGCUCUCAAUGUGAAUUGUGCAGCUCCCCAACAGGGACAAAACAAGAGUGUGAGUUGUUCAACACCUCAGAGGAGAAGAAAAGAUGCCUCUAGGGCUGAUUCUAGGCAUAGGAAGAGCUUUUCGAAGGAAGAGGACUUCUUCAUUGGACAUCCUAUCAUCAAAACGUGCUCCACGAGGUUACUACAAGGGCAAGAACUGCAAGCCUACUGGUUUCCAUACCCGUAAAGGUGGGUAUGUGGUAGUGCAAGAAAAAUUGCCAAACUAUGUAGUCCCUGAUUUGACAGAUUUUAAGCUCAAACCAUAUGUAUCUCAGUGUCCUAGAGAUGCCAAGACCUCAGAGGCUUCUGCAUUGACUAAGUAAACCAAAUGGAGUAGUGUAAGAUGGUUUCUUUGUAACACUGCAGAGUGCAGACUAUUUCUUUGGAGAAGAGUUGGUAGAAAUAGCCAUUCGUUUGACCGCUCAUGCUUUUGUGAUUAUUACAUUUGCCGUAUUGACUGGCCCAAAACAUCUCUGUUAUGUGAUAGUGAUACUACGAUUUAGACUAUCAAAACCGUUAAUAAAUUUUUGCUGUUAUUUUCC